AUGAAUCGAGAGGUACAUCAAUCUAUUCAUGACUCAGUUCCUUCUCCUCCUCUCUCUCCAAACACAACCUCCAUUCCCAUUACUAUUGCUCCAUGUCCACCCCCUGUCAUCUCAUCUAAUCCUACAACAGUUCCUAUUUCAACACCAAUGUUAACCACUUCAACUACCAAUCCCAUUACCUCAACGAUUCCUGAUGUUACGGUCAACGCAUCUGAUACGAGGGCUACAACUUCAGUGCUCACUACCCCUGUUUCUUCAUCCAUUUCUCUGUUUCGUACUGAUGAUCCAAAUAUGAUAUUUGGACAUGAUGGUGAUGAAGAUGAUCUAGGAGGAUUCACUUAUAGUCCAUUCCAGAUCUGGACUGACAACGAAGAUGAAGCCUUAAUUUCGAAAGGUCAGUUGAAGGCUAUUAAUGAGAAGCUUGAUCAACUGUUGCUAGCCUCCAAGGAUUCCUCUUCUGGUGCAUAUUCAAAAGCAACGGUUGAAUCCUUAUAUGAGUGA